CAGUAGCAAGAGCAGAAAUGAAGAGGUUAAUUCUGUGCAGAACACUGUGUGGCUUUUUUUCUAGGUGAUAUAUAAGGGCAGAGGUGGCUCAGAUCUGUCACACACAUGCCACUCUUCUAGUGAACGCCUGCUGGACUGCUGUCACAUUAAAACGUUGGGAUGAGCCCCUUUGUACUGCUAUUGUUGUACACACUGGGGACAUCAGUGGUGCUGGCAGACCCCAACAAAGUGCAAUCCAGACCCUCAGAGGAGCCGAGGCUCUCGGUAGAUCCAAAGCCCUCGGAGGAACCCACUGGCCAAAAAAGUGAGCCUUGCUCAAAGGGAUGUACCUGUCUUCAAGAUGACUACAAUUUAGAGCUCAACGUCUACUGCAGCACACGCAACUUCACCCAGGUUCCCUCCGACAUCCCUCUGUCUACGCGCUCCCUAUGGCUGGAUGGAAACCUGUUUACUAACUUACCAGCGGCUGCUUUCGAAAAGCUGUCCAAUCUGGAGUUCCUAAACCUGCAGAGCGGCCUGCUUGUCUCCCUCGAUGGCCAUGUCUUUAGAGGUCUGAAUUCCCUUGCUCACCUGCACCUUGAGAGGAACAAUAUUCGUUCAUUACCUGGCACAGUCUUCCAGGGCACACCCAACCUUGCGUCCCUCAGUCUCAACAACAAUCAGCUGUCUCGAAUAGAUGACAGGUUGUUCGCUGGACUCAGCCACAUGUGGUUGUUGAACCUAGGAUGGAAUUCACUGUCUGUCCUGCCUGAGACGGGGUUCCAGGACCUACAUGGAUUACGAGAGUUAGUUCUUGCUGGGAAUCGUCUGGCGUAUCUCCAACCGCAGCUAUUUCAGGGUCUUACUGAGCUCAAAGAAUUGGACCUAACUGGAAACUAUCUAAAAGUUAUCAAGGCAAAUGUGUUUCUGAAACUACCAAAGCUGCAGAAGCUUUAUCUGGCCCAAAACCAGAUCGUGACCGUGGCACCUAGGGCAUUCGUGGGCAUGAAAUCUUUAAGAUGGUUGGAUCUCAGCAGAAAUCGUCUAUCUGCACUUCACGAUGAAACUUUCCUUGGUCUACACAGCCUACAUGUGCUUCGCCUGUCAAAUAACUCAAUUAGUAGUCUAAGACCUGGGACUUUUCGUGAUUUGCAGUAUCUUGAGGAACUCUGCUUUUGUCACAACCAGAUACGAGCCUUGGGAUUAAAAGUUUUUGAAGGACUGGGUCAAUUAGAGGUGCUGAACAUGGAGAACAACCGGCUACAAGAAGCACGCAUGGGCACAUUUAUAGGCCUGAAUCACCUUGCUGUGAUAAAACUGACUGGCAGUUGUUUUCACAGCCUACCGGAUCAAGUUUUCAAGGGUCUGACAAAGAUCCACAGUAUUCACCUUGAUAGAGGCUGUUUGACAAAAGUCUCAGCCCAAAGUUUCACUGGUCUAACAGGUCUUCGUCGCCUUUUCCUGCAACACAACAACAUUUCUACGGUGGACCGUCAGAGUUUUGUGGAACUACAAGGCCUGCAACAGCUUGAUCUAAGGUUCAACCAGUUAACGUCCAUCACCUCCCACACAUUUUAUGGUCUGAAGAAUCUUGAUUACCUGCUACUGUCAGGCAACUUACUUCACAAUUUUCCUGCUGAGGCCUUACUGCCACUGCAACACCUUUCUUGGCUGGAUCUCUCUGGAAACAAGUUGGAGUUCCUACUUAAUGCGACUAUAUACAUGCUGCCACGUUUGCGUUACUUGAACCUGAAAGACAAUGUACUGGUCAACCUUCCAGCUUCUAUUCCUGAUAGCUUGGAUCAGCUCUGGCUCUCAGGAAACAACUGGAAAUGUGACUGUAGUGCUAAACCCUUCCGAGAUUUCAUUCUACAAAAGCCACAGGUGGUUCCACUGCAGGUUGAAAUGCUUGGGGAAGGUGAGGAGCCCCAUACACUUGUCACAAUAUACAAUAACAUCACGUGUGCCAGCCCACCCAGCGUUUCUGGACUUGACCUGCGGAACAUCGCCAGUGAACAUUUUCGGGACUGUUAAACUUAAAAAUAUUAAUUCUACUACACCACAGAUUACGUUUUCUAUUCAGUCAGUAUAAUUCAAAUCCAUGUCAGAACUUCCAUUCAUGACUUUUAUUUAACUCAAGACAUAUCUUCUUUUGUGAAAAGAUCUUAAAAAGAUCCUGAAUCCAAGUCAUGUAAAAAUAACAAUGUUACUGGAUAUAUGUCAAUUGUGUUGAUAUUUUCAGGCAAUUAUAUAUUUUUUGGAAAUAAAUUUAAAUAAAGACUACUGUAAAAAAUCUUAGGCGGUAAAAAGCGACAUGUAUAAAAAAGAUAUGUCAAAACUUGUUUUUUGUGUGUGUAAAACAUUUUAAUGAUGGAAAAAAUACUAAGUGGUUUCACUCCAUUACAUGCCAUAGAGAACAUGUAGAAGAUACAUUUCCUUAAAAUAUUUGAAAAAUAACAACUGUACAAUCAAGUAUCAAUUACAGUAUUGGUUAAAAAGUAUUAUAGCUUAAAAAAGCUCUCUUUUUUUGGAGAAUGAGAAUCUUCUUUCAAAAUUAAACAAAUAGUGUUUGUUUAUGGUCUCUAAAAGGACAUUGCGCAAAUGCUCAUUCCGAUAAACCAAAUCCAAAUAUGGUGAUAUGUACACAAUAUUGAUCCAUGCUCUAAGUCCAAAGGCCUGCUGUGCAGCACCUUCAGGUUUGGGAACAGUCAAUUCCCUAUUUGUCAACCACUUCUUCAGCAACAUUCUAAAACAACCACAUAAAUAACAAUCACAAUCAUUUAAAAAUGAAAUGUAACUUUACUUAAUACCCCUUGUAGGGUUUGAUAAUAAAGCACUUGGCGACUCAAUUUACAUAUGGUGAAACUACCAUGACAGGUCAGUUUUAGACAAGUUUUACAUUCAUGCAUUUCUUCAACUGUGGAUAAAAGAGUAAAUAAAAGAGUUUCACUAUA